AUGACGGAUAAGUUCUAUACUUAUAAAGAGAGUUCAAUUAAAAUUGAACCAGAGACUUAUGAACAUGAUAAUUUAUCACAAGCUAGUAAUUCUCUUUCAUCAUUUGAUCCUGAUAUUCAGCAUUUGCUAGAUAAUUCCUCACAGUCAGAAAGUAGCCUGCAUAAUAAAGUCUGCAGUUUUUGCUAUCUAGGAGAAAACAGUUGGUUGGGACAAGGAAACCUUUUAAAAUUUGAAAAAUCUAAUGAUGAUUUUGAUGUUUCUAAAAUGGAUAUUAAAUAUAAGAUGGAAGAUAAUAUUAAUAAUUCAAAUUUAUCUCAAAUAUCGACUAAUCAAAUCCUCAAAUAUUCCAGUGAAUCUAGUGGAUCAGUAAUAUCUGUUGGUAAUUCUCAGCAAAUUUUAAUGUCAUCUAUUAGAAAAUCGAAAGGAACAAAUAGAAAUAACCCUAAAUGCAAAAGAAAAAAUAAUUUUUCUCAAAAUGUCCCUGGUUUAGAUGAAUUGAAUGCAACAGGGUUUCCUAUAUUUACUGAAAUAUCCGUUUUGUUUGAUAGCUCAGGAGCAACCUGGGCACAUGAACUUUGUAUAGUAUGGUCAGAGGGUAUUAUACUAGACUCAUCUUAUAAUCCUGUCAAUGUAGAUAAAAUUGUUAUCAAAUCCAUGACCCAACAAUGUUAUCUAUGCAAAAAUUAUGGGGCCAGUUUACCUUGCCAAGUCCAUGGUUGCAGCAAAAAAUUUCAUUUUCCUUGUGGAACUAGCUUUGGAACAAUCUUGGACAUACAUAAUAAUCGUCUCCUUUGUCGUGAUCAUACACCCUUAUCUGUUUUAGAAGAUGAUGCCUCGAUAUGUAAACUAUGCCAGAACCAUAUUACUAAUCUUUCCCAUUUACUGACUUGCCUCAACUGUGGAAGCCAUUGCCAUAGCACAUGCGUCAAAUCUGGUCAUAAAAAAGUCGCUAACGAUGCCAGAACAACAAACAAUAUGGUUGCCUCGAUAGAAAAUAGCGCCGAUAAUGAAGGAAUUCUUGUUUUAAAGCCCCACUUCAAGGCCGGAUGGAGAUGCACCGAUUGCAAAACUUGCCAGAUUUGCAAGAGCAGAAAUGAUAUAUCAAAGCUGGCUAUUUGUGAAGAUUGCGAUAAAGCAUUCCACACGUUCUGCCUUAAGCCUCCCAUUUUAACCGUCCCGAAAAUGGGUUGGAAAUGCAAAAAUUGUCGGAUCUGUUUAGAUUGUGGUACGAGGACACCCGGGGCUGGGUUGAGCAGCCGAUGGCACUCCAAUUACACCCUUUGCGACAGUUGUUACCAGCAAAGAAAUAAAAGUCACAAGUGUUCCGUUUGCAAAAGGGUAGUUGUUCGCAUUGAAAAGGCGAUAAGUGUUAAAAACGGCGGAAUUAACAAUCAAACGGAGAGAAACAAUGGCGCUUCCAUGGUCAAAUGCGGGAAAUGUGACAAAUUUGUUCAUAACGAAUGCGAUACCAAGGCGGCCGAGCACAGUGAUUUCUUGCUUAACAAUUUAGCCACAAACACGGAGGAAUUUAUUUGUUCAACAUGUUGUAGCGAAGCCCACAAUUUUUUUAAAGUUUCCAACAGAAUUAAAGAUGGCGGCCGGCAUGCUAAAAAGAUUGGGGUUUCUUGUCAUAAUAGCAAUAUUAUUCAUAGACCCACGAAUAGUCCCGAUGGGGAUAUUGGAAUUGUGAAUAUCGGACCUGUAAGUAUUGAAGUGAGUGAGGUUCAAAGAUAUCAAGAUAAGGGUAGUGGUGACGAUGAUUUAUUGAAAAAAACUAAAUCUUCGAACAAUCGCGAUUAUAUCAGCCCUCCCGCUCUAAAAUUAACUCUUAAAAAACAUGUGGAAAACAACCAAUACACUGUAGUGGUUCAUGACACGGCCAUCAAUACGUUAAUCAAUCAGGUGGUGGGUCAAUUUCGACAAACACCUGUUCUUAUUCCUAGUGGAGGUAACGAAAUUGGAACGGUAAUUGAAUUUGAUACAAAAACUCUCAAUCCUACAAGUGGUGAAAAUCUUAAAUAUUCCCAAAACACCAAAAACAACCAAAUUCUCGAAAAUAACAGCAAUACAUCAAACUUUUAUAAUGCAAGUAAUAAUGACAGGGGAGGUGGGGAAAGGAUAAAUAGUUUUAGCCAAAGACAGGAUGAUGACGCAAACAAAAGUCCCAUAGUAUUUGACCCUCCUUCAGUUGAAGAUGAUGAUGACGAACCGGCUUACGUUCCUAUCCUUUUCUCCAAGCAGGAUAAAUUUACUUAUUAUAAAGAUGUAUGUGCGUGUUGCGGAAGUUUUGGCGCCGGAACAGACAGUCUUUAUGUGUUUUGUUUUCAAUGUGGUCAGAGUUAUCAUCCUUUCUGCGUUUCUGUGGAGAAACUAACGAUAAAAAUGUUGGUGCAUGGCUGGAGAUGCUUUAAGUGCAUAAUAUGUGAAAUAUGCGGUCGCGCAGAUGAUGAAGCUAGACUUAUACUUUGUGAUGAUUGCGACAUAGCUUACCAUACAUAUUGCCUCAAGCCUCCUUUAUCCAGUAUCCCUAAGGGAAGUUGGAAGUGCCAAAACUGCAUAUGUUGUGAAACAUGCCUUUCUACUUCCCCUGGCAAAAAUUGCUCCUGGAUAACAUCUAAAUCUCUUCCAAAUCCUCCUUCCAAUAUUCCCAUUCAUCUUUCUAUUAAUAUUCCCAACACCAGGAAAAAUAAGAAUAAGAAAAGCACAAAACAAUCAUUGUCCAAUACAGUUGGUUAUGAGUGCGGACCUUGCUCUAGCAGGGAAACCUGCCCGGCGUGCAGAAAGAAAUACUCGGAAAUGGAUAUAAUUAUGGAAUGUGGGCAAUGUGAAAGGUGGAUACAUGGUGCUUGCGAAAACAUAAAGGACGAGUGGGAAGCGGGCCACGCCCUGGAAAAGGGCUUUACUUGCAAGCUUUGCAAAGCUCUUAUCAACAAGCAUUCAUCGUCCCACACCAAUUCUUACCAUCAACUAUGCAGCGAUAGUUGUCAUAUGACAGGCAAAAUUAAAGAACUAAUCAAAGAAUUUAAAGAUAACAAAGGAAAUAAAGAUAAUAAUUGGAUGUUUACACAUAACAAACCCAUAAAAUCGACUAUAGAAGAGGUGAACCAAGGCAUAAGUAUUAAAGGUGAAAAUAUAAACCAAAAUAGUACUUUAAAUGAUAAAGAAAUGGCAGGGAUUAAAGAAGUCAAAUGUAAAGAGUACAAUAAUAAUGAUAAUACGAAGGAAAAAAAUGAACCAGCCGUUUUAAUUAGCUCUCAAGGGGCUUCAGAGACUUCAAUAUACACAUUUCAGGCAGAUACUAAUCCCCUAAUCACUAAAAAUAACGAUAUUGGUAAUCCUAUCGUUGCGAAUAUAUUCGUUGAUUCCAGUAGAAUGAAAAAUGUUCAUAAGAAUUACGAUGUUAAUUCAAUGACGUCAUGCUCUUAUAACACCGAAGUUGCUGUACUUUCUACCCAUAGUUCUAGUUUGUCCCCUUGUGUGUCUCAAAAUGUUUCCCAAGAUUUCGAAACCACAACUAUAAAGGACCCAUUCGAUACCACUAGUCAAAUUGAUAUACUGAAAUCGGUUUUGAAAAGCAUGGAAAUGUUAAACCCCGAUUCGACGGGUUCAUUGAAUAUUCCAUCAUCAUUGAGUGUUAAUGAUAAUAUUUAUGGUGGCGGGAAAGAAUUUGAUGUGAAUAUUAGCGGAAAUUGCACCAGAUUAGAUAUCAUCUCUAACUCCUCAAUUAAUAAUUUUUCGAGGAAAGAUGAUUUUGUUCUCUCUCCCCAAAUUAAGACGCUAUCAGAAUUAAAUUUUGGAUCGACUGACAUUGCAAUAUCAAAACAAAUUGGCGGCGACUAUCAAGAUGACCAUCACGUAACAACAAAAUCUGCCCGUCGAAAUUCUAACAAACUUGGUUCAGGCGUGGGCGGUUUCUACGUCAGACCUAAGAAGCAAACCCCGAUAUUUCCACCCAACGCUACGCUCCAGCAUGAGCCAGAAGGUAAUCCAUCUUCCAUCCCUCAAGAUGACCACAGUAAUACAUUAAUGGGUAGUGAACUAGAUAUGAAUGCUUAUUACAAUAGUGAGGACAAAAGUGGAUCGGGUUGUGGUGGCAUCAAGAGGAAAAGAGCACCCAAAAAGAGGGGGUACUUAGCAGAAAAUUAUCCUUACUAUUUGCAGGAAUUAUUUUUCGGCGAAUCGCUUCUCAAAUGCCAAGAUCUAGAACGACGCCUUCUGAUUUUUCGCUCCAUAAAUCCAAAUUUCCCCUCCCAUUCUGCAGGGAAUCCCAAUUUUUCCAUCUUUUCGCCUUGUUCGGAGGAUGGUAAUUAUAAUUUAUCUUCCCUAGAAAAUUUCUUUCUAACACACCUUGAACCUAUUUCGAAAAACUCAUCCAACGAUAGCGAAAAUAAUAUCCAAAAUACGAAUACCCUCGACAUUGCCUUAAAAAAAGUGAGCAAACUAACGCUCAACUUGGAGGAACUUCUCGCAUUGGACGAAGAUGGGAAAAGGCGAGAAAUUCAAGAUAGCCUUGGAGGGAAUUCCGACUUAAUGAUGAUGUUAGCUCACGAUUGCUUGCUCGAAGGGGAAACCGAGGAUUAUCACAGCUUUCCGUAUAUACCUGGGUGGAAGGGACUCAAAAAGAUCAUGAGUUUAGGCGACAAGGAUAUAACAGAAAAAGGAAUAAUGGAUAUCAUUUUUCACACGAACACAAUUUCCGACACGAAAACGAAAGUUAAUCGUCAAAUUUUGAAGCCCUCUGGUUAUUUCGAAAUAGCGGCCGUGCUAAAGAGGUUGUCCCGGCCUAAGUUCCCAUUCAAAUUCCUCCUUCCUCCACAGCCGACAAGAAUCAACAAGUCUAAAUAUAUGCCAGAAAUAGCCGAAGACGCUAGUAUAAUUGCAGUGAACGAUGAUAAAAAUAGUAAAGCCCUAAACCAGAAAGACACUAACGUCGAAAUAUCUAAUAAAGAUGACCACCGCAAUAUAAUCGAUUCUAUCUCUCAAAACGCCGAAAACUCGAAUACAGAUAGCAACCAUCACAUUACUAUCACUAAGGAUCACAUGCACCUACCUAGAGGAAGGGAAAGGUAUCCUUACAUCUCAAUGCAAAAGCGAGAAGAUGAAGCUAUGAUUGAUGUUAAACAGUUAACGCAUAAACCAUCUUAUCACCAAUACCUACAACCCCAACAUGCAUCACCACAAGCGGGAUACAAAUUAAAUCAACAGACCAAACUACAAAUCAAUAAUAAUCAGGAAAGACCUCAGGCCUCCUCCUUUGUAAAACAAAUGCAGCCAUCUCAUAACAUGUUCGACGGCGAACCUCGGAUUAUUAAUAGCUUUAUCAAAGGGGAAGGGAUAAUGGAAGCGUUACCUCAAAUGAACAGUAACGACGUGGAGGAGUUAUUAGGGCGCGAACCAAAUUUCGAUAAUGGCAAGGAAUUAACUUCCAACAUCAUCUAUCCUCCGAAUAAUUAUAGUCUAUGCAACCAAAUUUACGUUAGUCAUGCCAAUUUAAGUCAGCGUUAUUCGUCGAUGUUCAAUAAUCGAAUGCAAGCAACAAAAGAAUUCUCCACCUUUUUUAGACAAGAUGUGCCUCCCCAACACGCCUUAGCUGAUCCCUAUAAUGUUCAUGGCCGUUCUAUCAGACCCCCUAAAAAUGUUGACCCUCCUCCCUGCCCCACGUUUCUUCAAUCACAUGCUUCCGCAAUUUUUUCUCGCGACCUCGAUGAACUGUGCGAUAAGGACUCUGGGCCCAGUCACACUCAGAGGAAUUUAGCGAGAUGGCAAAGGGACGAAUCACUCGGUAUUAUGGCAACUAUAUCACCCGUCCUCUACGCUAAUCUCAUGUAUCCGAGCCUUAAAAGGGAAGUUCCAGAUAUUUUAGAACGUUCUAAGCAAAUGGCCAAACUUUGGAGAAACGUUUUACCAGAAGACAGAAUUCCUUAUUUGCAAAAAGCUCGCGAAAAUAGAGCCUUUCUUAGACUCCAAAAAUCCCAACAAAAAUCGUUGGAGCAUCAAUCCAUAGCUAGCGUCACUACUUCAAAUAAAAAUACGACAUCAGAAGAUCUCAUUACCCCUUCCCCCAUUUUCGUUCAGCCCCAAACAUCGAGCAAGGUAACGCAUUUAGUAAAGGAUAAUGGCGACGAUGGUCUAUUUAGAUUGGAAUCAAGUCUGCCAAUAAAAAUAGAGAGAGAAGAUCCUUUAACCACUCACUCAAGUCAGCUCUCGUUUGAUGGGGAUAUGAAUAUUAUUGGCAAUCAAAAUUUCAAUACCACCUCUUACUUUAAAGAAGAUAGUAUUGCGAUAACCCCAAUCCAAUCUCACACAAACUCUAAUCACGUUAUCAAAGUCGAAAUAAACUUGGAUCCAUCUCUCACCACAAAUUCUCCUUCUCGCACAACUAAUUCAACUUACGCGAUAAAUCUACCAUCUGCACCGUCAAUUCAUAUAGAUGCAAGUGAUACGCUAACAGAAUGCCCCUCCAUCACUGCUGCCUUAUUAUCAUCACCCCGGAUAUCUGAAAUGUGUUCUGACAUAACAAAUUUAGCCACGUCUCAAUACCAGAAUAAUUUUGAUGAACACGAUUCCUUAUUUCUCUCAACCAAAAUUAUUUUCGAUGGAGAAAACUUCAACUCUAGCGAUAUUAACAAUAGCAAUAUCGCCCUUUAUGAAAAAAAUAACCAAAACUUAGUCGAGGAUCCCGUCAUAACGGCUUACGAAAGUGACGUAUUGACUGGUCAAAAUCUUGAAACAGCUGAUAGUCGUUUCCGUUACGAUGACUUUUGCAAUAAUAUUACAUCCGAAGAUCUCAAUACCACUUCCAUCCGCCUCGUUCAGGCUCAACUUAUAAACAAUACACCGGAUUUAGUAAAAGAUAGUAAUGCCAAUGAUCAAUUUAGGACAGAAUCAAAUUUGAAAAUUGUAGAUCAUUUAGCUACUCCAUCAUGCCAACCUCCGUUUGAUGGGAAUAUGAAUAUUACGGACGAUCAAAAUAUCGAUACCACCCAUGAUACCAAGGAGGAUAAUAUCGUAGAUAUCGCGGGAAACCAACAAAUCCAAUCUCUAAUAAAUUCUGAUCACGUUAUCAAGGUCGAAAUGAGUUUGGAUCUACCUCUUAUUGUUAACACCUAUUCCUCUUGCACAACAAUGUCAACCAAUUUGAUAAAUUUGCCAUCUACGUCAUCAGAUCAUAUUGGCACGGCCGAUAAACUACCACAAUAUUCUUCUACCGUCACCCUAUUAGCGAUGGAGGAAAAAAAUCCUUUGGCUAAUCCUUCAUGCCAGCCCUCUCUUGAUGGUAAUAUGAAUUUUAAGGGCGAUCUAAAUAUAGAUACAACUCAUCACUUUAAGCAGGGUAGUAUUGAUGAUGUCCCGAUAAACCAACAAAUUCAAAUCAAGGUCGAAAUGAACUUGGAUUCGCCUCCCACUGUCAAUACUUCUUUCUUUUGUGCAACAAAUUUAACCAAUAUGAUAACUCCUCCAACUACGUUAUCAAUUCUUAUAGACGCACCACCUCAAUAUUCUUCUAUCACGGAUACCUUAUUAUCGCAAUCCCGGAUAAAUGACAUGGAUUCCAAAAUAAAUAACAUAACAACGUCUCGAUAUCAAAAUAAUUUUGAUUCGUAUGAUCAACACACCUCUUUUUUUUCAGCCAAAAAUAUUUUAGAUAACUCUAAAGAUAUAAAUAAUAGAUUCGCUCGAUAUGAAAGAAAUAACCAAAAUAUAGUCGGAAAUAUUCCCGCCAUAACGGCCAAUGAAAAGUACCCAGGGACUAUAGUCGAUAAUCGUUUCCUUUAUGACUUUCGCAACUUAGAUAGUGAGAGGGGAGGCCAGUUUAAUGACCAAGACGAAAGCAUGUUUAUGGGUGCUCAAAUAGGAAUUGAACAGCAACCAAAAUACCCUUUUAAAUCCCCCGUGGCACACUUCCAUUCUCUCCAACACAGUGGAUUCCCGGCGCCUUCGUUAUCUAUCCACCAUUCAGCUGUUUUACCGAUUGUACCUCCCCCUUCUUUUUCUCAACAUAUUCGCCAAUUUUACGAACAUCAACAACCUCCUUUUUAUUCGGCUAAACAUAAAAACAACGCGUUGUCCCUUAACCACCAACUAAAUAACGUAGCAAUAUUCGAUAAUAACGCUUCCGCCAAUAAUAAUAUGCUAUACGGUACCGUUAACAUUGACAAUCUUAAUUCGACGAAUAACAUUAUCAAUAACGAGCCUCUUAAUCUGACUAAUAAUAUACUUAAAAAUAACAUUUUAAUGCAUAUCAACAAUAUUAAGACGGAGGAGAGCGAACAAUUCGAAUACAACAAGUAUUAUCAUUUCUCCAACCGGUCUAGCCAAUUGUUAGAUGAUAUUCUUAGCGAUUUAAGUUCUAUCGAAGAAACUAAAUCUAUAUUCAAAGACGUUUCCCAAGAGCCGGGUCCCUAUAAUCCUGGCCCGAUCAAUGACAACAACGCUUACAACCUUCAAAAACUUCCCCCUAACCCUUGGGCCCCUACUUCUUUUGAUCCUCCGCCCGUCAAGAAAAUGGCCAUUGGGGGAACCGCUUGGAACAACCAUAGUCCUUACAAUUAUAAUCAUUACAACAUGGGUGACGCCCCCCUUAAUUACGAUAAAAAUAAUGACAUGCUUGAUACAAAUAAUAAUUUUUACAAUAACCCCCGAGGGCAAGUCUUAGUUGGGCCAGAUACAAAUACAAACUAUCCCUCUGAUUUCAUUCACCCAAAUUAUACCCAUCCUUGUGUUAACCCUAAUAAUUCUGCCAACGAUAAAUUCAAAGAGACCAAACCAACAGUCAUUUAUAAUGCCGGGAUCAAAAAAGAGUUCCUCCAACAGCCCCAGCAAGAAGGGAUGAGCAAGCUAGAUGACGAGAACAUAAUGGGUCAGAUUGAUUUCGAAAAAUUGAACGAGGCCUUUGCUACUCGGUCCUUCGCCACUCCGCAGGACCGAUCAUCCCAAGACUCUUUUUCCAUCCCCGGAACCCACCUCAUGCUAAAUCAAUCUUCACCCACUUUCGAUAGCGACUCCCCCCAGAAGCACCACCGGUCGAGCGAAGAAUACCGGUCUUGGUUAUAUAAGAAGGAUCAGACUUUACAAAAUUCACUAUCCAAUUUAUCCUCCGAUAUCGCCAAAUUAAGAAAACGCAAAAAGAGCUUGGCCUCCAAACAACGACAACUUAAGAAAAGUGGGGGAGGUAUUCCCAUUACGCUUCCGCUUCAUGAGUCCCGUGAACUUUUGGCUCUUGUUAAUGACAUAGGCGGGAUGCAGAAACGAAUAGAAGGAUUGAGAAAAGAGAUGAAACAACACAAGUCUUUAUUGUCCGAUUGGCAGGGCAAAAAGGAAACUAAGCUGCACCAGCCUCGAACCCCCAAUCCUAACCUGUUUCCUCCUCUUAAUCCUAACCCUUUCAACACGAACCUCGCGAAUAAUCAAAAUAACGAAAUCCAACUGGCGCCAGUCAAUAAUAUCCCUGUUCAAUCAAGAUCCGAUAUAAUUAUCGAUUCCCCACUCGUGGAAAUUCCUUCUAAUCCUAUUAACCAAAAUCAAAUAAAUCUUUCUCCUCAUCAAAUGCUGAAUAUGCAAAAUAUGCAGCACAACGAAGCUAUUGUGAGAAUGCAACCUCAGCCUUCUUUCCAACACGGAAUCAACUCAAAUUUGAUCAGGAAUACUUCCUUUGUUCCUUCCGGAUUUGGGUGCGGAGAUAAGGGUGGAUUUAUAAGGUUCAACAAUCCUGUUAACGCUCCUGUGACGUUGGGAAGAAUUAUGGAUAACACUAAAUCCCUUGCUGGAGGCCCUCUUAUACUCCCGCCCCACUCGGCUUCCACUUCUAAACAGCUCCAGCAAAAUAUGCAAAAUCUCCAACAUUCACAAUAUCACAAUGAUCAAACCAUAAAGGAGGAUAGAAAAUUUCUUAAUUUUCCUAAUAUUCCCUCUCAUCUUAAUACUCAUAUUUCUCACCCUACUUUGAAUAAUCUCAUUAAUCAAAACAUAAAACGAGACACUCAUAAUAAUAACAAUACCAGUAUUACAUCGUCCAUUUCAUCGUCUCUCAAAUCUCCUUCCUUCAAGAAAAGUCAUAACCUCCUCUCUCCCUCAUUCGUCAAAACUUGUGUCGGCGGAGGUUUUAACAGGAUGAUGGUUAUGGAAGGAGGUGCAGGAGAAACGAUGCAAAACUCUCAAAUGCUGCCUCGCAAUUAUAUCAAAAUUAUGGAUGGAGGAAUGCGCUUGGAAGGAAGGAUGGGGCUAAUGAGACCGCCCGUGUUUAAUAAUAAUGCAGUCGGACCCCGUUUUAUGCAUCACAGCAACCAUAAUCAAUUACAAUUGCAACAAAUGAAUUUCCAAACCAAUCCGCAUCAACAGUUUCACCAAUAUUAUAAAAGAUUGCCACCUCCUCACCAACCUAAGCCAUUAAUGCACCAAGUCCAGAGACUUCCUAGUAAUCCUAUUCACAGAAACAAUGAUAACACUCCCAGAAACACUAAUGGUGGGGUUUCAAAAGGCUUAGGUAACUUCAAUAUGGGUGCUGGAAGCGAAAGAUACCUGACCAGGUUGCCAGCUGCUUCUUACACACCUUUUGGUCUGGGGAAUGUUGAUAAAAGUCUACCACUAUUAGACAGGAGAUUCGGCCGUUUUAAGCUAGCCAUUUUGCCGGAUUAUUAUGGAGAAUUCCCUUAUGGUCGUUACACUCUCCCUGCUUGUCAUGCUAUGUUGACUGCCCGGAAUCAACCGAAACGGGACUCCCUCUUAAGGGAAUUAGCCAAAAUUCUCCCACUUCCGGGCGAUAUUUACCAGAGCGUUCAAGAUAAUUAUGAAGAUUCACACCUACUUGACAAAGAGAUUGCUGCAAUAACUAAAGAACGGGAUUUCCUAAAGAUUUUCGAUAUGUCGCCCCAAUAUUCGCCAGAAUCCGCUUCCAUAAAGACUCGAUCGUCCGUUCUUUCUUUCUCGCGGUCCGUUAAGGACUCCGAAUGCCUAUCCGAUAAUGAGGCGGAAAAUGAUUACGACAUUCUGAAGAACAAAUCUAUCGACGAAAUUAUGUUCCCUAAUUUGUUUUCGUCACAAGAAUUACAAAGUCCAUUAGACGAUUCGAUUGCCGAUACAAUAAAAGCAGGUGAUUUUACGGAAAAAGCAAACAAUGAUAUUUGUAUCUUAAAAAGAGAUUUAUUACACCCGGAGGAAAAUUAUGAAGAACUUCAAGCCAUGUCACCUUGCAUACCUCUGUGUGUACCUUUAAAAUCAAUUGGUCAAAGAGGAUUCGAAAAUGUUAACAACUCUGAUAUCAUAGAAUUUCCGAAAUUAGAAAAAAUAGAUGCGAAAAAUGAGGAGAUAAUGACGGACGAUUUGGGUUUCGACGAACCGCCAAUAGCCGAUGAACAAAAUUGGGACGAAACAGACGAAAAAGUUUCCAUAACCUUGACAUUGGAUGUCUCAUCAUCAAAGGCAUCCAUCGCAGACUACAAAACGUUACUUGCAAAAUUGAGCUCCAUCUUAGGUCUCAAGACACCAGUUUCGGAUUAUUCUAUCGAAACCGGUUUGGUAGAAAACGAUAUGACAAACCCUGUAUCCUUCAGUUUAUCUUCUAUAGACUCUCGUAACAAUGGGGAAUUAAAAAUGAACGAAACUAAAAGUGCAGAAGUCGACUCCAAAAUUGGUGAUCAGCAAAGACUUAACCAUCUCACCUUAUCAUCUCCUUUGCAAAAGUGCGUUCAGUGUAAGAAGUUUGUAUUGCUACCAGGUAUCAGCCCCCAUUCACUUUACAAUGCCUCCUUUUGCGAUUCGAAUUGUGCUUUUCUUUAUAGACUUUCCAUGGCUUCCCGUAGGGUGACCCGCACAAGUUGGGCAACGCUUCGUUUGGAUGAUAAAGGUAAUAGUAAUUCCAAAGAGAAUUACUUUAAAAAUGAAAGCUUCGAAAAUUUAUCUCCCAAUCAACGACAUCUAUUUAAAGGUAGAACCGGAAAUCAAAUUUAUUCUGAUGACAAGAAUAAAUUGGGACCCAUAAUGGCUGACGAUUACACUGCUAAAACCGGCAAUGAAUUUUAUACCCACCGAAACACAAAUAACUAUGAUAAAAUGCCAUCGGUUAUAUCCGACGAUUAUAACAUUGCCAAAUCAAAAAUUAAGGCCGGAAAUGAUUCCUACAACAGUAAGCAUUCUACCACUCGGCAUAUAAUGAGGUUCGAGUUUCGGUGUUUAGCAAACGGCCGAAAGUUCAAAGUGUGGAGCUCCAAAAUUUCACCGCCCUAUCACGAAUCUAAGAUGAUCGCUCUGACCGGAUACCAAAAACUGGAAGUAGUUGAUAAAUUCAAAAUGGAUGCACUCGACACUAGCUUGUUAAGUUUAACGGCGUCAAGACCUUAUCACUAUGAAAUUCGAAAAGCGGAUAAGUAUAAGGUGGACGAAAUAUCCAAAGCAAGCGAUCACAAUUCGCCAUUUAAUGAUAAAGAAAAGGAAACAUUAGUAGACACACGGGUAUGUUUAUUUUGUAGGGGCCUUGGAGACGGAUCGCCUGAAAGCACAUCUAGACUCCUGAAUCUCUCUCCCGACCGUUGGGUUCACCUUAAUUGCGCACUUUGGUCUAGUCAUGUUUAUGAAACGCUAGGCGGGGCACUGGUCAACGUUCCAACAGCUUUAAAUCACGCGCUCUCCACUAAAUGUCACUUUUGUGCUUCGAGGAACGCUGCCGAUAAUUUGGAAGGGUUAUCACCUUUGCCAUAUCCACAAAUAAAUAAUUCGCUAGGCGCAAGCUGUAUUUGCCAAGAGUGCGAGAGGACUUACCAUUUCGCUUGCGCCUUGAUGGAUGGAUGUCUCUUUUUCUCCGAUAAAACCAUUAUUUGCCCGAAACAUAAGUCGAUUACUCAAACACUACUCAACAACGCUAAAUUCAAUGAGGAUACUAGAACUCCUCUUACAUCUCUGGCUUGUGAUCGAAGAGUCUAUAUUGACCGAGACUUUUCUAAACAAUUAUCAGAGAUGAUGCAAAAUUCGGACAAGUACACACUAAGGAUUGGAACUUUAAUAUUUUCUCAACUCGGUUAUCUUUUGCCUGAGCAUAUUCCCAAUUUUCACGAUCUCGAUUACAUAUAUCCAGUGAAAUACAAAGCCAUUCGUUAUUAUUGGGAUUACAAAGCCAUAGACAAUAAACACGUGAUACCAAGGAGAAGGGCUUACGAAUGCUGUAUUGAUACGAGUGUUAAGUCUCCAGAAGGAAAAUAUGUACCUGAAUUUAUUGUGAACUCCUUACAAAUCGUAAUCACGUUAGAUGAAGGAAUUGAUAUAAAAAUUUUGGAAAGUUUUAGGGGAGAAACUGCGAAAGCGGCCUGGCAACCUUUUCUUACGGCCAUCUCCGAAAUUCGCUCUACCCCAUCCAUAGGCUCUACAUCUUCUAAUUCUACUAUUCGCUUAGUGGACCGAGCCCUUCGGGGUGAAGAUCUCUUCGGAUUAACGGACCCUCCCAUUAUAAGACUUGUCGAAUCUCUUCCACUUCUCGUGAAUUCUAUAACAAUAGAUUACCGCUUUAAAUAUGGGCGAAAUCAAGGGGUGGAACUACCCCUCAUGACCAACCCUUCAGGUUCUGCAAGGACUGAACCCAAUCUUAGAACACAUUUUAGAAAACCGCUAAUUUUAAUGAACGCUCCUUUGCCUCCUAAGCAUCAUCUCCAGUGUUUAUCAUCUUCUCAAGAUCCAUCUGAAUUUUUAACUCUCAACCCGACCCUCUCAGUUCCUGCCUUAAAUGCCUCCCUGACCCCCCAGGCAACUUCUUAUCUCUCUGCAGCCCUCGUUUUUGGGCCAGGCACUCAUCCUUCCAUAUUAAACUCUCAAGCUGCUAACAAAACCUCCCUCUAUCGUAAAAUGAAAUGUGAAUGUCUUAAAAAUGUUUACUUGGGAAAAUCUAGGAUUCAAGGUAUGGGGCUUUUUGCGGCAAGAGAUUUCGAUCGUGAUUCUAUGAUAAUCGAAUAUGUAGGUGAACUAAUCCGUUCCGAAGUAGCAGAAGUUAGAGAACGUUCCGCCUUGCUAGCUUCCGCUUUCGCUUCCACUUAUUUCUUCCGCCUCGAUGACCAUAGCGUAUUAGAUGCUACAAGGAGUGGCGGGCCAGCUAGAUACAUCAAUCAUUCUUGCGAUCCCAAUUGCCGAGCCCAGACUAUCACCAUUUUUGUAUCAUCUGCUUCAACAUCUGUACCCGACGAUUCCGAUAUUGGUGGUGCUAUCUUAAAUUUGCCGACCCAAAAUGGGAGCGGACAAGGAAAAUUUUUGGCCAAGACCAAGAAAAUCGUCAUAGUAGCGAAUAAAAAAAUUCAGAGGGGAGAAGAGCUCUGUUACGACUACAAAUUUGAAUAUGAAGGCGAAAAUAACAAAUUAUCAUGUCUUUGUGGUGCCCACAAUUGUAAAAAAUGGAUGAAUUGAAUACCUUUUUUUUAAAAAAAAAAUGUUUGAUACACAUAUUAGAUAAAUUAUAUCCAUAAUUUUAUUUUUUUUAGAUUUUAUAAUAUAAAAAAUAUUCAUUAUAAUAUAUAUCCCCCCCCUUAACUUAAAUUUUAAUUUUGACACCAUUAGGACCUAUUUAUACAAAAAAAAUUACAUGUAAAUAUUAUUAUUGUAUAUUUGUAUCAAAGGAUUCAUAAUGUUUUGUACGCUAUGUUUGAAAGCUUAUUUAUUAAAUUAUAUUCAUAAUUCAAACUACCAAAAAAUUAUAUACGCUUAUAAAACAAAAAAUUAAGGUGUGGUCGAUUUAUAAAAACAAACUUCUAUUUAUAUGAAAUAUGUUUCUUUUUUUUUUUAUAUUUGAAGAUGCUCAGGCUCAUUUUAGACAACGAUUUGUUAUGAUUUUUCUUAAAGUAUAUUUCAAUAUUUUAAAAUAAUUUAAUAAACUAGAAAGUCAAGUCAUUAUAAAGAGUAAAAGCUAUUGUAGAAAGGUUUUAUUCCCUUAACAUUAUUGCAUCAUUGUUUUCGUUUUUUAAGAAACCAUAUUUUUGGAACAAAAUUUUUAAUUAUAAAUUAAAAUAUCCGGGAUGAACAUUAAGGCAGCAGUUGAUAAUGAAUUUAUAAAGAUUAUUUUUGAUAAGCGCAAAAUUUUUGGCAUUCGAAGCAU